GCAAAUCUAUCAACACAAGAGAAAGAGAAGAUAAAACCAGCAGGAAUUUCUCUAUUCUUUCGAUUUUCAGCGCUUAUUCACCAACCCAAAGAUCAAUAACUGCAUAAAGGGCAACAAAAUCACAUCCCGCAACUACGCUUUUUUCACAGGUGGGGAUGUGUUCUCUUUCUGUAUUGGAGGUCCAGAGGUUGAAAUCUGAGCUUUGACGAAAACCCAUUUGCUUAUUUUCCGGAUUAUUUGCUUGUAAAUGCAACUUUGUAGAUCAAUUGCCUCUUGGAUAUCCCGCAUAUUGGCUUGCAUGGGAAGUUGUCUUGGAUGCUGUAUGAAUUCUCCUCAUGUUGUUUCAGUGGAUAAGCCAUCUAAAGGACUGAAAGUUCCGAGCAAACGAUUGAGGAAAACUAGUUUAAGAGACGACUUUUGGAGCAGUAGUGCAUGCGAGAUGGAGAAUAGCACUUUUCCCUCCCAGAGAAGCAUCUCAUCAAUUAGCACAUCUAAUCCGGCCCUUGAUCCUCACAGUAAUUCUGGCACCACGAGCAGCACUUCGGAAUUUGUAAAUCAUGGUCUACUUCUUUGGAAUCAAACGAGGCAACAAUGGUGUGGAAAUAAAACACCGCAGAAGCGUGCCUCAGUUCGAGAACCCAAAUUAAGUGCAGAUACAAGUUAUGAAACGUUGCUAGGGACCAAUAAGCUUUUCCCUCAGCCAAUCCCUCUACCGGAAAUGGUAGACUUUCUUGUUGAUGUGUGGGAGCAGGAGGGGCUUUAUGAUUAAGCAGCCACAUAACUCAUCAUUCUCAGCAACUGCAAAUUGUGUUCUGCAAGUUUUUAUCACAUUAAUUUGAUAUUUUAUAAGGACUUCUAAAAUAUUAAAAUAAAAAAUGAUAUCCAAAAGUUAAAUGAAAAUAUUUUUAUUUUUAUUAGUUUA